AGCCUGCUUUGAUGAUUUUUGACAAAGCUACCUCCCCACGAAAUACCAUCGGUUCUCUCAGAAAAGACACACACUAAUUGUCCAAUUCAAAGAAGAAAAACGAACAGGGGGGACUUAAAACUGUCAAAAUAUUUCAAACGAAUAUAUACUGACUCGUUGGUAUUUUUUUGUGAGAAACACAGGAGAGAUUUGCCUCGUGAAAAGGUGCCUUUUUUGACAGAGCUGUUGCAGCUAUAGGCGCUCGAGACGAGAGUGAGGUGAAACGAAAGUUGGGAGCAAACACGAAUCUUUCCAAAAGGGAAACGACUGGACACUUCGCCUCUCCACUCACUCCAUUUCCUCGCCUUCAAGUCACAAACACGUCGGCUGAGAUGCGGCUGCCAGUUACCUGGAGUUAAAUGCUAACGUUAGUCCAUGAGAGGAGAGUGCGAGUUUGGCCAAGGACUAGGAGAAAGAAGAAGAGGGCUAUUUCCUGAAACGGAGGGACCGAGGGACAGAGCAGGGAGAGGACAUGUCUCUUUGGGUCAUACUACCUGUUAGUCUGCCUUCAUUGACCAUCACUGGAAUAUGGGUUGUGUACGUCAUGGCCCUGUACAACCAGCACGUCUGCCCUGUGGAUAACUGGUUAUAUAACCAGUCGUGUGACAAGGAGCUGUACCUACAGAGUGGACCAACGUUGUGCUGUACUCUAGAUAAUGUUCCACUCAUCAGUAAAUGUGGGACUCUUCCUCCAGAAAGCUGCUUCUUCAGCCUCAUCUGCAGCGCUGGAUCCUUCAUGGUGAUGGUGAUAGUAUUCCUACGUUAUGCCCAUGUGAUAGAGAAGUAUCAGAACUGUGUGUUGAACACAGCAGGCCUAUCCACCGGCUGGAUCUGUGCUGCAGGACUCAUCAUGAUUGGCAACUUCCAGGUGGACAAUGCUAAGAUCCUCCACUAUGUGGGGGCAGGGGUAGCAUUCCCCACCAGUAUGCUGUUUGUGUGUCUUCAGUCGGCUCUAACCUACAGGCUGGCCAAGACUCAGGGAGAAUACAGUGUGGCUCACCUACGACUGGGCAUGACACUACUGGCCUUCAUCACCCUGGUGCUUACUGGCGUGUUCUUUAUCCAGGAGAGCUUCGUCCUGCAGCAUGCAUCGGCCAUCUUUGAGUGGGUAUUCUGCAUCAUCAUCAUGCUCUUCUACGGAACCUUUGCCUUUGAGUUCACCGGUGUCACAGGAGAUACUGUGAUGGUGCUAGCCAGAGGGGGAGCCCUGGGGCCCAACAGGAGAGGCCACAAAGUGGAGUCCUUAGGAGGUCCCAUUCCACCCCCCCCUGAGACCAUGUCAAUGCUGUAGUCCCUGGGAGAGAAGCCAGAGAGCUGGCCUGUACCAUUAUCAAUCUGGGGGAGGUGGAGGGACUUUUGAGUAUCCAUUGCCAAAACACCACCAUUGCAGGGUGUGAAGUGGACUAUGCUAAUGCCACAUAAGCCCAGGGGAGAGGAGUAGACACUGGAUGAGAUGGGGGUUUGUACUGUUCCCCUGUCCCAGCCUCCAAAGACAAUGCUUGUGUUUGCACGUCACUGAAGGAACCAAAUCCUCUUUUCCUUUUCUUUCAUCCCCCCCUUUUCCAGCCAAAGGAGGAGUGGUGCUUUACAGGAAGUGUUCCCUGCUGCUGUCUGACAUCACUGUCGUCUGGACACAGGUUAAGAGAGGAGGGCAGGCCACCAGACGGCCAGAGAGCGUGAGAGGCUGUAUCAUGAGAAAGAGAGGCUGAUAGAAAACUAGAGGAAUGCAUUUGAGAGGAGAUACUGCCUGUGUGGGAGAGCUAGGCCUGUGUAAUGUUAAAUUUGCACAUGAAAUCUCUUUAUUUUCAGAGACCAUUUAGUGAGCAGACAUGACUGUUUCCCCCAGUGCUAGAGUCCAAACAAGGCAAAAAGCCUCCGUCAUUUGUUCUUUAGAACGCACAAUAACAAUACCAUGACACCCGGGUCUCACAUAGGUCCCAAUAUACCAAAUGGAAUAUUCUGAAUAUUUAAAAUGGUUCAGUUGACUCUCCUCAAAUGUAGUGAAAGACUAGCUAAAACGAAUGUGUUCAUGACAUGGAUGCUUCUCUGAUUAACAGUAUCUUGGUCAUUGAAACCUGGGUUUAAACCUGGGAAUAUCUGGCUGCCAGAAUUACCUUAGCUUCAGUAGAAAAAAUAUGUAAACAUGCCUUCUAAAGCUGGACAUUGUAAUGCAGACUGUACAAAUCUGUUUUUCCCUCAUGAUUAUUAGAUGAACUUGAGUAUAUGAAAAGCCAAACCUCCAAUAGUAUUUUAUAAAUGUUGACUGUAAAGUUCAACCUAAACUUAUGGGUGUUGGGAGUGGAGAAGAGGACUGGAAGAAUCCAACUGUAAACCAGCUAAUUACAAGCCAGAGCUGUGCCUGGGCUGAUCGAGUUAAAUCACAGAAAUAUGAAAGUCUUAAAAAUGGAGAAUCUAUUUAUAAUCAAAGAAACAAUAAGUGGACACACCUUCUCUAUUUCAGAGUUCCCCCUUUUCUAUUUGUCAGCCUGACAAUGUGUUACCGUCCCUGAUGGCUUGUUACCAUCUCAGUCAACUUGUCAGUUGUUUUGCAAGGGUACAAUGUAUUGUUGAACGCUGAAACUACAGAACAUUCCUACCUCCGGGUUAUCUUCUUAGCUUUCUGUUCCUUUAGCUUAUCCUGGCAUAGGGCCAAAAGGGAAUGGGAUGGAGCUUCUACUUGCUGCUGUUCUUCCAUAGAAUGUAGAGAGACAAACCAUCCGUAUCCAUAGAAUGUAGAGAGACAAACCAUCCGUAUCCAUAGAAUGUAGAGAGACAAACCAUCCGUAUCCAUAGAAUGUAGAGAGACAAACCAUCCGUAUCCAUAGAAUGUAGAGAGACAAACCAUCCGUAUCCAUAGAAUGUAGAGACAAACCAUCCGUAUCCAUAGAAUGUAGAGAGACAAACCAUCCGUAUCCAUAGAAUGUAGAGAGACAAACCAUCCGUAUCCAUAGAAUGUAGAGAGACAAACCAUACAUAUCCAUUCUCCUGCCUGGAACUACACUGCCAAACUAUCCUCCUGCCUUUCAGAGCUUGUGCUAAGAGAUCUUAUUAUGCAAAUCGGUCUCCACUGUUUCAAUGCUGCCACAUUAGCUAUGAUAAUGAAUAAUAAAUUGGUGCUUAUAUUUGUCCUAUUUCACACAUGUACAAGUAUGUGUUAAUACACACGUGUGAAUUAGAUUUUUUGUUUUGUUGCAUAUCUCAACUCCGGCUGAGAGACCUGUGGAGAGUCACAGACAGGUUCAGCCAUUAUCAACAGCGAAGCAAUUAGGGUUAAGUGCCUUGCUCAAAGGCAAAUCACAAGAUUUUUCACCAUGUUGUCUCGGGAUUUGAACUAGCAACCUUUCGGUUAAUGGCCCAAUGCUCUAAGCGCAGGCUACCUGCCACCCUAGCGGCGGUGGAUUGCAGAACGAUAUGUAGAGUCUAUAGUUUUACAUUCAUCACAACAGCUUGAAAGGGAUUCUGAGAGAGUUUGUCACUUACUGAUGAAGUUAAUCUAAUCGUAAACGUUUGGAGAGUGAAAAAGUGGUCCAUUAGCCCCUUUUUAGUGUAGACAGAUUACUGCGCAGAGCUCUUUUGUAUUUACGUCAUUUAGAAGACGCUUUUGUCCAGAGCGACUUACAGUAGUGUGUGCAUACAUUUUCAUUUGUACUGGUACCCCGUGGGAAGCGAACCAACAACCCUGGCGUUGCAAGUACCAUGCUCUACCAACUGAGCCACACGGGACCACCAUGCUCUUCUAUUGCUAUCAACUGGUUCAAUGUGGCCUUAUCAACUGUUGGAUGAGUAUAAGGCCUGUGUAUUCUGACUGAAUGCUGUGCCAACCAAUCCUCAACAUGAAGUUCAUCAUCCAUCUGUAUUAGUGCCAGAAAAUGAAUUGAAUUCUGAUUAAUUGAAUCUCAGUUUAAGUGGCCUUUAAAUACUAUUUUCUUGAAACUGUCUUAAUAAAUCUCACUGACCCAGUAUUGAGUUACUCUGCCAAAUGUUAUCAAAUCAUAUGAGAGAGCUUCAAUAAGGAGGAAGUUUUCACCUAGAUACUUAUCUAGGAUCAGUUUAGCAUAUUUCCUCCUUAAUGAUUAGGAUUGGGCCAGGUUUAAUGUCUACGCUGAGCAUCGUGAUCAUUAGUCACCAAAUGAAAAUAAACUGGCUGAAACAGGGAGGAACUAACUGGACUACCUGUCAAAUGAAAAAUUCCAAUUUCCACGGUCAAUUUCGGAACAUUAUAUAACAUUUUCUGUUACAGGUCUUAAGGAAUAUGACCCAUGUCAAUGUUCUGUUUCUCUGUUUGCUGAUCUACCUUCAAACUUUUACCUCUCAGGAAUCUGUUACAUCACCAGCUGGCUGCAAUCAGUGAUUCUAAACAAAACUUCACUUUUUCAAGUAUAUUGUGUUUUUUUGUAUAUUCGAUUGUGUUUUAGGGAACUUGUUUUGACCAGUGGGUUGAUUUUACAGUUUAGUUUGGUUGCGUUUUAUUUGUACAUCCAAAGGGUCUCUCGAAGGCUCUAAGUUGGCACACGUGUACUCUCACAGAGUAGAGAACAUUCCUCUAUCUAGCUGUUGUCCUCAUUGGUAUGUUCAUUGUCUUACUUACCUACAGAUAUCCAAAUCAAAAUAGUGCCAUAUUCUACUGAAAUGUAGAGAACAUGUAUGUGCCUUUUUAUUUUGAUGAAACCAAAGAAAGAUGUUCCAGGUUGAGUGUUUGAGAGAAGGAAGAUGUAUAUUUGCCUUAAAUUGUUCUACAAUAAAACUGUAAAAGUA